AUAAUAACUACAAAAAUUAUUCACCAAAAAGAAAAAAAGAAAAAAUCUCCUCCUAGACAAGAUACUCAAAAAAAUCUAAGACAUACCCAUUUCAAUUCACACCAAAUUAUCCAAAUGCCCUCUAUCAAUUUCCAAUCUUGACCACUCUACAAAUCCUAAUUUCCCCUUCUCUGUUGCCCCUUCAUUUCUAUCUUCUGCAGCAAAAUUCUCCAUAUACAUGAUAAUUUGAAAAUCCAAAGCAUACCCACUUCAAUACACACCAAAUUAUCCAAAAUCCCUCUGCAAAUUUCCAAUCUUGACUCUUCUACGAACCCUUAAUUUCUGUACUCUCUUUAGCUUGAUUUUCCCUAACUUUCCUGGGAAGUUCCAUCACCAUGGCUUUUGCUGCAGUUAGAUGCAAACCCACUAAAGUAACUGCUUCUCAAUUCAGAUACUUCAUGUUCAAUUACAUGCAUGUGGGCAGUCGCUUGUCUAGCUCUCACUGUGCUAACAAAAUUGCAACACGGGAUGACCAUUUUGCAAAUACUCCUUAUCACUUCACUUCUUUCAAGCCCGUUUCACUUCGUGGGGAAUUUGUUGAAAAGAGUACUCAAUUGUUGGAAAAUAUGAGAAGUAGCAGCAGUAGUUCUGAUAGAAAUUGGAGAGAGACAGUGAGUAGUAAUAGUGGUGGUGGGUCUAAUUAUGGCGACCCACCAGAGGUGUGGCAACCACCUGGUGAUGGUGUUGCAAAGAUGAGGGUGAGUGAUGGAGGCGGGGAUUUCAAGGUAUGGAGUAGAGGUGGGUCUGGUUCAAAGGAUGGGUACUGGGGUGGGUCAAAUCUGGGGAGUAGUUUUCCAACACCGAAAGAGAUUUGUAAGGCACUUGAUAACUUUGUUAUUGGACAACGGAGAGCUAAGAAGGUGCUCUCAGUUGCUGUUUACAAUCAUUACAAGAGAAUCUAUCUAGAGUCUGUUAAAAAAUGGUCCAACACAGAUUCAGGCAAUGAAAAAUCAGAUAUCAUGGAUGAUGACGGAGUUGAACUUGAGAAAAGUAACAUUCUUCUAAUGGGGCCAACAGGUUCAGGGAAGACAUUACUUGCCAAAACCUUGGCACGGUUUGUGAAUGUUCCCUUCGUUAUUGCAGAUGCAACUACUUUGACUCAGGCAAGAUAUGUUGGGGAGGAUGUGGAGUCAAUAUUGUACAAACUACUGACGGCUGCUGACUAUAAUGUGGCAGCUGCUCAGCAGGGCAUCAUUUACAUUGAUGAAAUUGACAAGAUCACGAAAAAGGCUGAGAGUGUUAACAUUAGCAGAGAUGUGUCAGGAGAGGGUGUUCAGCAAGCAUUAUUGAAAAUGCUUGAAGGAACAAUAGUCAAUGUUCCAGAGAAGGGAGCUCGGAAGCAUCCUAGAGGUGACAAUAUUCAGAUCGACACCAAGGAUAUUCUUUUUAUAUGUGGUGGUGCCUUUAUUGAUUUGGAGAAGACCAUUUCUGAGAGGCGCCAAGAUUCUUCGAUAGGGUUUGGUGCACCAGUACGUGCAAACAUGAGGACAGGUGGUGUUACGAGUACUGCUGUGACAUCAUCUUUAUUGGAGACUGCUGAAAGCAGCGAUCUUGUUUCGUAUGGUUUGAUACCUGAAUUUGUUGGAAGAUUUCCCAUCCUUGUCAGUUUAGCAGCUCUCACUGAGGAUCAACUUGUCCAGGUUCUGACAGAACCAAAGAAUGCCCUUGGGAAGCAAUAUAAGAAGUUGUUCCAAAUGAAUGAUGUCAAGCUACAUGUCACGGAAAAUGCUUUGAGAUCAAUUGCUAGAAAAGCAAUAACCAAAAAUACUGGGGCUCGGGCCUUGCGGUCCAUAUUAGAGAAUAUCUUGAUGGAUUCCAUGUAUGAGAUUCCUGAUGUUAGAACAGGGGAUGAUAUUAUAGAUGCCGUUGUAGUUGAUGAAGUGGCUAUUGGAUCUGAGGAACGCAGCGUUGGAGCCAAAAUCCUCUAUGGAAGGGGUGCGUUGGAUCACUAUCUUUCCAAAGAAAAAUUAAAGUGUUCCAAGAAAACCACGGAGGGUUCUGAUGGAGAACCAGAGGUGGAAUCAGAGCUUCCUUCGAUAGUUGCCAGCAUGUAAUUUACUGGUGAAUGGUAUUUGUAGCCUCUUCCCACCACAUCCCUGUACAUAAUAAGCUCACAUUAAUUUAAUAAAUUUAAAUUCUGUAUACAUGUUAUAAUUCCUCAAAAACUGUGCAGUUGCCCAACCACUGUGUUCAGAAUUUUAAUAUUUUUGUACUAUAUAUACAAAUCAGCCGAAGAUGAUCAAGUUCUCCCA